AUGGAUCCUAACUCUCUACAAACACUUGAUUCUAUGAAAAGCGAAAACCAGUAUGAUCCAGAUUCGUUGUUCGACAUGCUGGAAAAGUUGCCUCCGCUAGAUUCUCUGCUAGAUACUGAAGAUCUGAAACAAGAUGCAGGGCUUCAUUUCCAGUAUCAGUACAGUGGUUUCGGAGAUUUCUUCGAAAACAUUGAAGCAAAUAACAUAAUAUCAUCUGAUAUUCUCAUGUUGACUCAGGAACCCUACUUCGCCAGUGACACCUCUUCAUCAUUGGCUGUCCAAAACAACGACCAUCUCAAUUCCAACGAGAGACGCGAAACGAGAACUCCACAGAAGUGGAACACUAGGACAAAAAGACGACAAGACAAGUUAGAGUUGUCCGAGAUCAAAAAGUACUUUGAUAGACCAAUCAUUAAAGCAGCAAAAGAACUUAACGUUGGGCUUACGGUGUUGAAGAAACGUUGCAGAGAACUUGAAAUUUAUCGGUGGCCUCACCGGAAGCUCAAGAGUCUUAACUCUCUCAUUUGCAAUCUUAAGGGUGUUGGAAUGGACGAAGAAGUGAGGAAUUUGGAGGAACAUAGGGUUCUUAUUGAGCAAGUACCUGAUGUUGAGCUAACGGAUGGGACAAAGAAGCUUAGGCAAGCUUGUUUCAAAGCUAAGUACAAGAAAAAGAAAUCACUUGCCAACGAUCGUUACUAUUAA